UCACUAGCCACUUUGGAAAUUUUGAUGUUCCGCUACUGGUCAGGGUGACCAUCUCUAAUAAAAAGGAGUUCUGCUUUAGGACUUUUACAUUCAGCGCAAACGUUGAGGCACAAGUGAUGCUGCGUAAGGUGGUGACUGAAAGCUUUGGAGCAACCAUCCACGCUGUGGGCGCCAGCCAGCUGACAGAUAGCGUGAUUCGGCGCAGUAAACGGAUGAUGCUGGACACCCUCGGUGUGGGCCUGCUCGGGUCUAGGACGGACGUCGUCAACAAAGCUCUCAAGUACAGCCAGUUGUUCCAGUCAGAUGAGAAGAGCAGCAUUUGGGGCAAAUCAGACGUAACCGCACCUCCACACUUUGCCGCGUUUGUCAACGGUGUGGCGGUUCACUCUAUGGACUUUGACGACACAUGGUACCCCGCCACUCAUCCCUCGGGGGCGGUGCUGGCCGCACUGCUGGCCUUGGCGGAGGUCACACCCACGAGGCCCUCAGGCGUGGACCUGCUGCUGGCAUUCAAUGUUGGUAUCGAGGUGCAGGGUAGACUCUUAAGGUUCUCCAGAGAGGCCUUCAACAUCCCUAAAAGAUUCCACCCUCCCAGUGUGGUCGGCGUGAUGGGCAGCGCAGCAGCCUCUGCCAAGCUUUUGGGUUUAUCCUCCCGGCAAUGCGCCAAUGCCCUGGCCAUUGCGGCGUGCUCGGCUGGGGCGCCGCUCGCAAACGCCGCCACUCAAACAAAACCAUUGCAUAUGGGCUACGCUGCCCAGAGGGGCCUGGAGGCCGCUCGACUGGCCCAGAUGGGCCUGGAGGGCAACCCGGCCAUCCUUGACGUGGAGUACGGCUUCGGGGUUUACUACGAAGACUACAACCCGUCUGUGAUGACGCUCCCCGGUGUAGGUGGCUCAGGUUGGGUCCUCGAGGAGCAAGACGUGGCCUUCAAACGCCUGCCCGCUCAUUUGGGAAUGCACUGGGUGGUGGAUGCCGCUCUCACAGCUCGCGCGAAGAUCCCAAACUUGGACGUGGGUCAAAUAAAACGCAUCAUCCUGCAAGUUCCGCCUUCCAAGUACAUUGACUGCCCUUAUCCCACAACGGAGCACCAGGCCAGGCAUUCCUUUCAGUUCAACGCCUGCUCUGCCAUUCUGGACGCCAGCUUGUCGGUGGGCUCAUUCAGCAAAGUUCAAAUGGAGCGUCCGGAUCUAAAGGAACUCCUGGGCAAAGUACAGGUUCACGUUCCCGGGGAUAACCAGGCCAGCUUUGAGAAGAUGUACAGCGAGGUCGUCAUAGAAACCUAUCAAGGCGAGAGCUUCUCAGCAAGAUGCGAUUCAUUCUACGGACACUGGAGGAAGCCACUGAAGCAGGAGGAUCUGGUGGACAAGUUCAUGGCCAACGCUUCCUUAGUAUUGAGCUCAGAGGGAGCUGAAGGGGUUCUGCACACCAUCGGAAACAUGGAGACUGAGACAGAAUGCACUGCGUUGCAUUCAUACAUUAGAAUGACGACUGAACAUGACCACCGCUACGGAUUAAGGGCUUUGUCUCAAAGUGGAUGAGCAAAACAAUGUUUUUACAUUCCUUACAGACACUGGCACUGGCAAAUAUUGCAGCGCUGUAUCACCAGCAACAAAAUUAACAAUACCUUGCGAAAC